AUGCUCCUUCAACUUCCAACGGAGCUCAUACAGCUCAUUCUAAAACACUGCAAUACUCAAUCAUACUUACAAGCUGUUCUGAGCUGCCAUUCUCUUUACAACAUCGCUGCGUCUUGUCGAGAAGUCAUUUUACAUCACUUGAAAAUAAACCCAGGCAAAGGAAUAGACUAUGACCAAUUAGUCACACAUGAUCUGUUUUUGCUCCUUCGAAGACGCACUUUUGAGCAGUUACUCAAUGCAGCUUUUGAUGCUGACCGCACAAUACAUACUUUCAGCGGCAGAACCAUUGAUAUUCAAGCCUCCUCGCUUGGCCGUACCCCGUCUCACCAAUUCGCGGCCUUGGUUUUCAAAGAAGAUAACAACAAGGUUCACCUUUGUCGUGCAGAGGGAAAUGGGACGAUGCAUGUUGAGAAAACAUUUUUCCCAUCGGAACUACUGAAUGUUGACCGAGUCAGAAUUGUCAAGACUGUGGUCUCUCCUGGCCCGGAUUACGAUCUAUUGGCUGUCCUCGUUCGAAUCCAGGAUUCUGAUACAGUAACACAGCCAGAUACUAGCAAAGUAUCUCCUGCUUUUGCCGAGCUAGCGCAGCAAUGGCAACUUCAAGGAAGUUAUUUCCUACUUUCCUUUGUGAUUGGAGGUGAUUCCUUUGGUUCUUCGGAUUACGACAUAAAUAUAUGCAGGAUAUAUGAACAUGACAAUUUCAAAGUGAAUUCCUUGGCAGUUGAUGAUUUCUUUAAUUUUGCCAUAUCAUGGGAGGAGAUCACAGGAACCGGGGCGCAUGAGGUCAUCGUAUACAGAACCUCGCCCGAUGAAUGUGAAGAUAUAAUUCUCUACUCAAAAUACACACAAACGAGAUUUGUGGACGAGACAGGCUUGAUAUUGAGAGAUAACCAGGUUGCCAAUCAUCGCGGAUUUACAAGUUUGGGGCCAGUAGCAAGCCUCAAGUUCAACAACCAUGACCAAUUGCUUUAUACUCAUAAAGGCGGUUCGAUAUACGGAUAUUACCAUGAUUUUCACACUGAUCCGUAUAACGCGCACAAGAUUGAGGCGGUCGAAGCACACAAAAAUUAUGUUCGGGUUCAAUACCAUAAUGACAGACUCACCUUGGCCGUAGACAUUCCCUUUUUCGCUACGCAUGAAUCGUACCAAAAUCAGUAUGGCAUUCAAGUAUGCCGCUGGACCUACCUCUCCUACGGAACGGUUGAUAACCCUCCUAACGGUGCUGCGAUGGCAUAUCUGCUGAAAUCGCAAGCUGUAUGUCAGGCAGCACAUUGCCAACACACAGUUAACCUAGACAGGGGUCGACGCCUUAGGGACUGGGAAUUUGUUGCACGUCUCUGCAAUUAUCCGUACCCAACAAGCUCGCUGGGUCAUAUUUUUACCGUAUCCCCCCAAAGCACUCGCAUUGCGAUCUUGGAUUGGGACAUACUGUACGUCUGGUCCCUGAGACCGGAGGAAGUGAUCCAGGGCGUUUCAAGCGACUAUUAUCCGGACGCUUGGUGUCCCGAAGAGACUGAGCUGAUUAGUCUGCCUCCGUUGAUGAUACGACAGGAGGCGGUUUGUUUCAAGGUCAUGUUUAUCGAUGAGAAUACUAUCAUGGUAUUGACGGAUCGAGGGUUGAGGACGUGGGAUUUGGGGUCGCAUGCACGACAGAGACGGAUUGUCUCAAACCUGGAUAUUGACCAAGUGCAGGGUUCAUCACACUAG